GAAUCCACCUGUGGCGUUGAACAGUUCAGAUGCAACAAUGGUUUUUGCAUACCAAAGAGAUGGCGCUGCGACCAAGAGAGUGAUUGUGCCGAUGGCUCCGACGAGGCAACGUCUCUAUGCAAAACAAAAAGUUGUUCACCCGAUGAGUAUUCUUGUAAAACCGGCGAGGGUGAAUGCAUUCCAUUAGCUUGGAUGUGUGAUCAGAACAAAGAUUGCUCCGACGGCUCCGAUGAGGCUUCUUGCAAUGAGACCUGCCGCUCCGAUGAGUUCACCUGCGGCAAUGGACGUUGCAUACAAAAACGUUGGGUCUGUGACCAGGACGACGACUGUGGUGAUGGCACCGAUGAGCACGAGUGUCCGCCAAAAGCGUGUAAUCCGCACAGCGAAUUCACAUGCACCGAUGGCGGUUGCAUCACCAAACGUUGGGUGUGCGAUGGUGAACCGGAUUGCUUGGAUGGCUCCGAUGAGGAGCAAUCGUGCAACAAGAACGUCACCCAUGUCAUAACGCCAUGCCUGCCGCACGAGUUUCAAUGUCGCGAUCGCAUUACCUGCCUUCAUCACAACUGGUUGUGUGACGGCGAGAAGGAUUGUCCUCAUGGUGAUGACGAACUGCAGGCAAAUUGCCGCAAUACGACAUGUCGACCGGAUCAAUUCCAGUGCGGCGAUCACACCUGCAUAGCAGGACAUUUAACAUGCAAUGGCGAGGCCGAUUGUGCGGAUCGUAGCGAUGAGCAAAAUUGUGGUAUUUCUAAAAUCACCAAAUGCAAUGCGACCACACAAUUUGAUUGCGGCGGUGGACAGUGUAUCCCGCUUUCCAAAGUUUGCGAUCGCAAAAAGGACUGUCCAGAUGGCGAAGACGAGCCGGCGGGCAAGUGUGCGGUGAACGAGUGUGCAAUGAAUAAUGGCGGUUGCAUGCACAAGUGCGUUGACCAGCCGAUUGGUUAUCGCUGUGAAUGCAACUCUGGCUACAAACUGACCGAUAACAAAACCUGCGUAGACAUAAACGAAUGCGAAGAUCCGGGUGCUUGCUCGCAAAUCUGCAUCAACGAAGUUGGCGGCUUCAAAUGUGAGUGCGAGGCGGGCUAUAUGCGUGAUCCACGCAACCACACACGCUGCAAGGCGACUGAAGGCCAUGCAUCCCUGCUGCUGGCGCGCCGUCAUGACAUCAGGAAAAUCGCCUUGGACCACAUGGAAAUGACAUCGAUUGUGAAUAAUACAAAAUCGGCAACUGCAUUGGACUUUGUCUUCCGCACUGGCAUGAUUUUCUGGAGUGAUGUAUCCACACAGAGCAUUUACAAAGCACCCAUCGAUGAGGGCAACGACAAAACCAUCGUACUAAAGGAACACUCAGUGACAUCGGAUGGUUUGGCUGUCGAUUGGAUUUACAAUCACAUCUACUUCACAGACACACACAAAUGCACCAUCGAGUUAACCAACUUUGAUGGCAAUAUGGGUAAAGUGCUCAUUGAAGAUGGACUGGACAUACCGCGGUCGAUAGCAUUGGAUCCGAUAGAAGGUUGGAUGUACUGGUCCGAUUGGGGCGCCUCACCACGCAUCGAACGUGCCGGUAUGGAUGGCUCCCAUCGCACGACCAUCAUCAACUAUGAUGUUAAAUGGCCAAAUGGCAUUACAUUGGAUUUAGUACGUAAACGCAUAUAUUGGGUUGAUGGCAAAUUGAAUGUCAUCUCGUCAGCGAAUUAUGAUGGUUCGCAACGUCGUCAGAUUUUAUACUCAACAGAAUACCUGCGUCACCCCUUCUCGAUAACUACAUUUGAGGACAGCAUUUAUUGGACCGAUUGGGAUAAGCAGACAGUUUUCAAGGCGAACAAGUUCAAUGGCAAAGGAGUGGAAGCGAUAACGGCGCUACAUCAGCUACAACAUCCGAUGGUCAUACAUGUCUAUCAUCCCUACCGCCAACCGGAUGGCAUCAAUCACUGUCAAGCGGUGAAUGGUCAUUGUUCGCAUUUAUGCCUGCCAGCGCCGCGCAUCAACGAUCGCAGUCCGCUUAUCUCCUGCGCCUGUCCCACCGGUCUCAAGCUGAUGGAGGAUCGGCUGAUGUGUGUCGAAGAUUUGAGUGUUAAAUCAGCGUCGCAAGCGCGCCGCAAAAACUUGCCAAAGAUGUCUAAAUUUACCACCACCCGCGUUUCUACAAAUAGCAGCAACAGCGCUACUCAUCAAACAACAACAGCGUCCGGGCAACAAGCUGACGCAGAGGUGGACAAACAUCCAGCCGGCAAUGCGACAAAUGCCGAUGGCACCAUCAUCUCACCGCAAACUGAUUCUGGUUACUUAGCAUUAGCGAUAAUCGGUUCACUAGUCGGCUUUGGACUGGUGACAGGUGUGAUACUUUGGGUCGUUUAUCGUCAUUGCAGCAGGCGUCCCACCUCAAUAAAUUUUGAAAAUCCGGUGUAUCGCAAAACCACCGAGGAACAAUUCAGUUUGGAAAAGAAUAAUCUGCCGGCGCGCAUGUAUCCCAGCACGGUGGACGAAGAGUCCAAACAGCCGCUGAACGGCGCUGCGGGCAUCGAGUGUGUGUGAGACGCCUGGUAUGUUAGGAGAUUACUAUCAUUACGCGCAUAAUUAUUAUUUUAUAAUUUCUUUUUUGUUUGUUGGUUUCUGCUCAUCAAAAAAUCAUCCAGAAACACAGUCCCACUCAUUCAUCGCCCAAAUAAACGAAACAAGCAUAAAAAAAAACAACAUUCACACACUCAGUGGCUAAAUGCUCAAUCACUAAAAGAAAAAACAUACCUAAUUCAUCUACGCUGCCAAAAAAUGCAUCUCAUUUUGUAAAUAAUGAAAGGGAAAUUCCGUUAGAAAAAACAAACAACAUUAAAAGGGAAGAGCAGGCAAUUUAGUAGAAAAAUAAUGGAGCAACACGAAGUGUAUUGCCGCGCAAAGUGGAAAAAGUGAAUAGCAAAAUAACGGAAGCAGAUGAAAUACAUAAAUGGCAAAUGAGGAAACUGAACGUAUGAUUUGUAUAAAGAUAUAUGUAUAUGUAUGUAUGUAAUUAUACAUAAGGGCUUAAAAGACAGUUACGAUAUUAAGCAACUAAUGAAGACAAUUUAAUAGAAUUUUACGUAAAAAAAUUACCAUAAUCAAAGAAAAAUAAUGCAAGGUUUUUUUAACGUAGCAAUGGAACAUGAAAAGUACAGUCAUACAAAAUAGAUUUUUCUCAAAAACAGUUGUAUAAAAAAAAAUUAUAUAAAAAACAAAACAAAAUUGGAAGCCACCAAUAGCAAUAGAGAUGAAAUGAAAAAUCAAAAAAAGGAGUUAAACAAAAAGAAAUAAAAUUGCAUUGAACAAAAUGCAAAAAUUUAUUUUUUGUUGUAAACACAACAAAAAAAUCAGAACUACAUGCAGUUACAACAUGUAAAACUAAAACCCUGCAACAGUUAACUAAACAUUGUUUGAGAGCAGCAUGACGUUGAGAUUGAAUCAAUUGAAGUUUUAAUGAAAAUCUUGAAAUACACACUAACACACACGCACAAACAUACACACGCACACAAAGGCACCGCAGCACCCGGCUGAAGGAAUUGAAACACAAACCAGUGUUGGAAGUCAAUUAAAUACACGCAAAUAUACGCACACAUAGACACAUUCUAUGUUACUCACACAUACAAACAACUAUGCGCUCUGGCACAAAGAGGAUUGAAUGAAGCAAUUGCAACAGCGCCCAUUCUGAUGCAAAUAACGCACAUCAACUUUUAUUUUUUGUCUGUUUUUUGGUGCGCCAAUGCCAAUAACUACUUACACACUACGUAAAUACUCUUUUAAUUUGUUUAUUAUUGUUGAAAUUUUAAUUGAAUAAAUUGAGUAAAUUGAAUUUCCAAAACCAAAAAACAACACAAACUCAUUAUAUAAUUUUAGGCGCUUUUAAAGCUAAAGUGUAUGAAUUGAAAAUUUAUUUAUUGUUAAAAAUAUGUAUUAAAAGAAAAAGCUACUAAAAAAAUAUUGAAUAUUUAACAAAAAAAAAAUUGUAAACUAAAUUUAAUUGCAAACUGAAAUGUAAAAACAAAAGGAAGAAAUUGUAAUUAAAAUAAAUUUGAUGGGAAAAUAUUUUAAAGUAAAUAAAAUAGCAAGUAAGUGGAUUUGUAAAACGCCCACACACCCAUACACUCACACUCUACCUGCAUACACGUAUACGCAUACACCAACACCACAAUAGCCAUUAAAAGCAAUUAUAAAUAAUUGAAGACAAAAUUGGAAAUAACUAAAAAUUAACUCAAUUUAAAAAUAAAAUUAUAAUGUGAGAAAUAAAUAAUUAAAUAAAUAAAAGGAAAUGUAAAAUGUUAAAAUUGCAAA